CACCGAUCACGGAAAGAGCCAAAGAUGUCGGCUUGGUCAUGUGAUCAGCUGUGUCCAAUCACAGCUGAUCACAUGUACACUGAUCAUCAGGGCACUGAUGAUCAGUGUGCCCUGAUGAUCAGUGUAGCCCCAGCAGUGCCACCUGUCAGUGUCUCAGUGUCGUGUGUCAGUGCUCAUCAGUGCCUCGUGCCAGUGCCCAUCAGUGCCACAUCAAUACCACAUAGUGCCUGCCAGUGCACAUCAAUGCCACAUAUCAGUGCCCAUCUGAGCUGCCUUUCAGUGCCACCUAUCAGUGCCAGUCAGGCCACCUAUCAGUGGCAGUCAGUGCCGCCUAUCAGUGCCAGUCAGUGCCGCCUA